GACCCUGUGUGGCAACUCUAGAUACUUUCUAUUUUCUGAUUGUGAAAAGGUUGGUUGAAAUUUUUCACAUAUUUCGCGUAUUGAUUGAACAGAAAUCCAAGAAUUUUUAUUGAAGAAGUUAAGAUAAGGUUUUGAUCGUACCAAGUGAUAAUCAAACGGCAUAAGCCGAGCAGUCGCAGAGAGAAAUAAAUCGGCAGUAACAACAACAACAACAACAGGAGGAGAGGGAGAGAGAAGAAAAAUCGAAGAACUAUGGCCGAGAUUGAGAAAAUGACAGCAGCGGUGGACCAGCCAGACCCAGCCCCGGUUUCAGCCGCAGAUCCAGUCCCGGUUCCAGAAACCGUAAAACCAACAACAACAACAUCGGUGGCUUCACCCACUGAUAUCCCAGUAACCGCAACGGAUACUGUCUCAUCGGAAACUCCUGAAUUAGGCACAUCGCCCACUCAGGAACCAUCGAGCAAUUCCCACCCACAUGACUCGGAAUAUGAUACGGCCAGUGAUCUGGAGGGCGGCGAGGAGUACGACGAUGACGACGAUGAUGAUGAGGAUGACGAUGGAGAAAGCGGCAGCGAGGACGAUACGGAAACCGACGAAGAGACAGAAGAGGAUGAGGAUGGUGCUGGAGAGAUGCCCGAUGGUGACACAUCUUCAGCAGCUGCAGCGGCGGCAGCGGCUCAAAAGAAAGUAGACGAGGAUCGCAGCAAUCCGCAGUAUAUACCAAAACGUGGCACAUUCUACGAGCACGAUGACCGCACAGCUGAAACAGAGGUGAACAUUGUCAUUGAAGAUGACAGUCAGUCGCAAUCGUUAACAGAAAUCAAUGGGGAUGCGAAUAGUGUUGGCGGUGGCGCUGCACAAUCUGCUGCGGGUGAGGGAGCGAGCGGAGCAAGUGUUGGUGGUCAAACGCCGACCAUUUCGCAGGCUUCCAAAACCAUGAAGAAAUGGCAACCGGCGUCAGGUGGCGAUCGCUGGUCCCACGAUCGUUUUGAAGCAAAUGAGCAGGCGCCCAAAUCGCGGGCCGAACUUUUGCAGACCUACGGCUAUGAUAUACGCAACGAGGAUGCUGCACCCCGGGCUCGUCGCCGCCGGCGAUAUGGGCGCGGUCCUAGUAAGUAUUCACGUAACUGGGAGGACGAGCAGGCCUAUCUUAAGGCCAGCAAUAAAGAACGAAAACCACCAAGGCCUCAGGACUUUCCAGCUCUUAACGAGCGUAAAGUCUCGCGUAGACCACUCGCCGCAUCCGGUCGCGCGGAGAAGGAGAAUCGUCGCGGGGGGGUAGGGGCAGGAGCACCUGGUGGUUCUCAGGAGCAGCCUCGUCAUUAUGGCCGUCAUAGUAAUGGCAGCUCAGCUGGCCGUCAGAAUGCCAUGGAAUUUAAACAAAAAUCGAAUCGUGGGCCACACCCACAACCCAGAGAGAGGGAGCGAGAGAGGGAUAGGGUGGACCGUGAUCAACCGGUGGAGCAACAUACCAAGCCGACAACUCCCCGAGCAAAUGGUCAAACUAUUCAAAACAACGAAGGACUUCAGGUACAACCAAACACUAACCAACAGCAUCAGCAGCAAACCCAAACUCAGCAGAGGCAACAGCCCAUCCAGCAACAGCAACAGCAUCAACCACAGCAGCAAUUGCCUUUGCCAACGCCACCGACACAGAACCAAAUACCGCCACUGUCCACCACAAAUCUUUCGCAGCGAUUGCAGCAAGUGCAGCAACGUAAUGAUCCCAGUCAUGUGGGCAGCGUCCAAAUGCAGGCGCUGGCCACUCAGAAUCAACAGCAGCAGCAACAACAACAACAGGUCCACAUGCAGCAGCAGAGUCAAUCUGUGGCCCCCAAGCGAUACUCCAGUCUGCGAAGAUCCCAGCAACAGCAGGACCAAAUCCAACAACAGAUACAGAUGCAGCAGCAGCAACAACAGCAGCAGCAGCAAUCUCAAAUUAUUCUACAGGAUCCUCAUAUGCUCAUGCAGAUUGCUUAUCAGCAGCAAGAACUCCAGGCCCAACUGCAGGGCCUACAAUUGGGACCUGCUCCCGGACCGGCAAGCGUGCCACCGCCCGCAGCCAAACAGCCGGCACAGCCACCAGCAGCCGCCGCCUAUGCUCCGGCUCAGGGGGCUCCCUAUUAUGUAACUGGAGCAGAGGCGGGACCAUAUGGCAACCCAGCUGCAGCUGCAGCUGCCGCUGCUGCCUACUUGCCCACUACACCAGCUGCCGUUGCGUAUGCCCAGGCUCAAGCACAAUCAGCUCCCGCCCAGCCACAAGCGCCGCCGCAGGCUCAAGUGGCUGCCACACAGUCGGCCCAGGCACCGCCACCGUCCAUGAACUAUCAUCAGAACUACAAUACAGUGGGGGGUACCACGUAUUUUGUGCCGCCAGCCCAGACAACCAGUCGACCUACUCAGCUGCCUCAACGACGCCCAACCAAUGCGAUUCCCAUUUUGCCACCAUCCGAAAAGCAUAAGUCACGAGGAGCCGCAUCUGGUGCCGGAUCGGGAGGAGGCCAGCCCAAAGAGGAAGGAGGCAACUCUGAUAAUAUUGAUCACAUUCUGGAUAAUAUGUUUGUGCAGCGUCCGGCAUUCCAAGCGCCAGCGGAUUCAGCAGCAACAUCAUCCAAGGAGGAUACAACCACCACUAGCAUUAACAACGCCGCCACUAGCAAUAGUAGCACCAGCUCUGGCGCGAUUCCUGAGCAAAACCUUCAGCCAGUUCCUGUUACUGGGCAGGAAUGAGUGCAGGCCUAUGCCAACCUACAGCAACAGCAGCAACAGCAUAGGCGUGGCCGCCAUGUACCACCCCUAGGGAGUAAUUCAGUACCAUUGCCCGCCUAUGCCCUGCUGCCGCCGCACGUUGGCUACUAUCGACCGCACUAGUGGAGGAGGACCGGAGGACUCAGCUCAUCAUUAGCAUCAGCACUGGCUAGUGCGCCCCGAUUUUGAUUAACUUGCUUCACGCGAACUCUUUUCCCCUUUAAAAAUCAAAUCAAUUACAUAUUUAUUUAUUUCUUUUUUUUUUUUGCUUUCCACUUGAAGGAAUCCUUUUCUGGGAUAUAUUUUCGUUCUUUUUUUUUUUGGAUCUCCAAAGUUAACUCAUGGGAAUUUGCCUCCUGAUUUGUUUAAUUUACUCGCAAGUCUGUGACUUGGGCUUAAAUUUUAUUUUUUCUUCUAGAAUUGUAUAUUAAGUUUGAAAAGUGUCAAAACAAAAAAAAAAAAAAUAUGUAAAAUAGAUUUUAGCUCUCGCCUCAAGAGAUAAUCGAACUAACUAUGAAAAAAAAAGAAUAUAUAUAUAUAUAUAUAUAUAUAUAUAUAUAUACGAUCAAAUAUGUAUAUGUAUAAUGCAAGCGCCAGCUUCGAUUCAAAUGUAUAAUGUAUAUGUAGUCAGUAGGAUCAUUUGAGAUCAAAAUCAAGUCUAAAGAAUUUUGAAAUAGCCGCAUUUUCAAGUUGGAAAUCAUUGUGUAAAAUGUAUUUGCAUAAAACUAAUGGAAUAUUGAAUUUAAAAAUAAACGUUUAACAGAAAACAA